GCCGCCCGUUCGCUGCCGCGCUCGCGUCGCUGAGCCCCGGGCUGCGGAGCCGCCGCAUACGGUAAGGGAACGGCGGGCGGUGGGGGGAGCCGUGCCGAGAAGGGGGGGUGCGGAGCGAUGGGAACCCCUCGGAGGUACUGGGAGUCGGGUAGGGCGGCUGCGGGGAGGCUCGGCCAGGGGGAUGCGGAGCGACGGAGAGCUCUGAUGGGAGGCAGAGCUCUGGGGGGAGGGCUCCGGACCCCCGUGGUGCCCGGCCGUGCCCCGGCCCCGCCGCUGACCCCCCGGGACAGCGGGGCUGCGGGGCGCGGUGCGGUGCGGUGCGGUGGUGGCUCCCCGAGGUGUCGGGGUCCGGCAGGGAAACGGCCCGGGGCUGCGGCGGGACCAACCGCGGGGAGAGGAGCAGCCGGACCCGGCACAGCCAUGCGGGACGCCCCGGGCCCCGGAUACGUCGUGCAUCUCGCGUGGAUGUGCCUCUUCUCCGCCGUGCCGCACGGCGGGGCCAAGGUGCUGGAGAGGACCUUCGAGGAGUGGAUGCGGUACCGGGAUGAGUGCCUGCGGAGGAUGGCGAGCGAGCCCUACCCCGCGGGGCUCUUCUGCAACCGCACGUUUGACAUGUACGCCUGCUGGCCCGACGGCAGCCCCGGCACCGCCGUCAACGUCUCCUGCCCCUUCUACCUGCCCUGGUUUGAGAAAGUGAAGCACGGGUUGGUGAGCCGGCGCUGCGGCGCUGAUGGUCAGUGGGUGACGGUGAACGGCAGCCAGCCGUGGAGGGACUACUCACAGUGUGAGGAGGAGCUGGAGGACGGCGCCGAGGAGGAGGGCGCCCGCAGGCUGAUGGUGAGCUUCAAAGUGCUGUACACCGUGGGCUACGCGCUGUCCCUCCUCACCCUCGUCUCCGCUCUGCUCGUCCUCACCGUCUUCAGGAAGCUGCACUGCACCAGGAAUUACAUCCACGCCAACCUGUUUGCUUCCUUCGGGCUGCGGGCCACCUCGGUGAUGGUGAAGGACGCGCUGCUGGAGAGGCGCUGGGGCGCGGAGGUGCUGCAGGUGGCUGACUGGCAGGCACUGCUCAGCCACGAGGCAGCGCUGGGCUGUCGUGCAGCGCAGGUGCUGAUGCAGUACUGCAUCCUGGCCAACCACUACUGGUUCCUGGUGGAGGCCGUCUACCUCUACAAGCUGCUGAUUGGCGCGGUCUUCUCUGAGAAGAACUACUACCGGCUGUACCUGUACCUGGGCUGGGGGACCCCCGUGGUGUUUGUGGUGCCCUGGAUGGCCGCCAAGUACCUGAAGGAGAACGCAGAGUGCUGGGCGCUGAAUGAGAACAUGGCUUACUGGUGGAUCAUCCGCAUCCCCAUCCUGCUCGCCUCCAUGAUCAACCUGCUGAUCUUCAUGCGGAUCCUCAAGGUGAUCCUGGCCAAGCUGCGCGCCAACCAGAAGGGCUACGCCGACUACAAGCUGCGGCUGGCCAAAGCCACGCUGACACUCAUCCCCCUCUUUGGGAUCCACGAGGUCGUCUUCAUCUUCGCCACCGAUGAGCAAACCACGGGCAUCCUGCGCUACAUCAAGGUCUUCUUCACCCUCUUCCUCAAUUCCUUCCAGGGGUUCCUGGUGGCCGUGCUGUACUGCUUUGCCAACAAGGAGGUGAAGUCAGAGAUGAAGAAGAAGUGGCAGCUGUGGAAGCUCGACCACCCCGCGCUCUGCUGCACGCAGUGAGAGCGGCACUGCAGGGCUCUGCUCCAACUGCUGGAGGGUCCGACCCCAAUGCCUGCAGUGGGGGAGCGGCCACCAUCAGCCCCACAUGUGUGUGUGUGCAGAGCUGCAAGGAGCAGAGCUUGCUGUCACCACACCCAGCUGUGUGCUGGCACCCGUGCAGCAGGACAGGAGCACAGCCAUCACAUCCCGAGCUGUGCCAGCACCAUGCUGGUUAUUGCACUCCUGCUCUGCUCACCUAAGCCAGGGCCACCCUGCUGCCGUCAUGAGACCUCUGCCAGGCAUCCUGCAGCACUCCUCUCUGCAUGGAGGUGCUGCAGCAGCUGCUUACCACCGCCUUCACUCUAGAGCACUGCAGAGCACCCCCCCCCCUCCACCCACUUUGUGUCCCUCUGGCUGCCAGCUCUCCUCCCCAGCACAGCUCCUGCCCCAGCCCUGAUACUGCUCAGUGUGCCAGCUGCAUUGGCUGCAGCAGGAGCUCUCCUCCCAGCUCUGAUGCCCCCAUAAAAGCUGACUGCAGCAGCAGAUGCUGCCACCACCCCCCAGCCCCUCACACUCUUACCUUCAGUAGCAGAACAGGCACGCUGCUGAGGCUGCAGUUCCCAUCACAGUGCUUUGCCUUGUGAAAAAGGCUGCUCCAGCAGCAGGGAGGAUGCAGCUCUUCCUCCCUGCUCCACGCAGGCGAAUGCAGGUGGUUCUCCAUUGCUGGGACUGUGGCCCACCCAGCCCCUGCCUUACUGUCUGAGCCUCGGGGAAACGCAGAGGUUGGAGAAGGCUGUGUCAGGCUCUGUGGCUGAGUUGGAGGCUAAGCAGAAGGUUUGCUGGACAGAUGUAACCCCCGUGAGACCAUUUUGCACACUGACUCUUUUCAGAUGUAAAUAAACGUUUAUUUUUCAGCAAGCAGA